AUGGGCAGCAGGGGGACUUUAGGUUUCCUCAUUUACGCGCUUCUGGUGCACUGCAGCUCCUGUUCUCCGCUCAGACUGGAGAAUGCGAGCUAUGAUGAAGAAGGCACUUCACUAGCAAAUCUGGCCUUUGACUCGGAGCAGAUCUCUCUGAGAAGCUCUCCAUCAGGGAUGGACGAUGUAUAUGACAUAUUUUCUUCUCCAAGAACGGAAAGACAUGCAGACGGGAUGUUUAAUAAAGCCUACAGGCAGGCGCUGGGUCAAUUAUCAGCCCGAAAAUACCUGCACUCACUGAUGGCAAAGCGUGUAGGAGGAGGCAGUACUACAGAGGAAGCAGACACACUGGCUAAGCGCCAUUCAGACGGGGUGUUCACAGACAGCUACAGCCGCUAUCGGAAGCAAAUGGCCGUGCGGAAAUAUCUGGCCGCGGUCCUCGGCAAAAGCCCUGAAGACUUAGAUUUGCACCAAUACCUACAAGGCAUAGACUUUGGGAAGCUCCCGGAUGGGGAUGAGUUUGAGGCAUUUAUGAGGAACUGGCUGAUGCAGUUCCCUCCAGAUCUCCUGGCUUUGUGACACAGGAGGGCAGCUUGCAGCUCGGGUGCCUUUGCUUCGACUUUAAAAAAGGCCGCCAAUCUCAGAUGGCACGUUAGUGGCCCUCCAAUGCUGCACAUCACCUGCUCACAUCCUUUCCAUUUUACUGGAUCACAUGACUUUUGUUAAGUUGUCACCUGGCCCCGUCCUGUUUUGUUUGAACUCGUGCACCAUUUCCUGUUCUUUGUUUUAACUUCACUAUGCAUAGUGUGUGAGAAAUAGCCAAGUAGAAAUCACAGGGCACGCACUCACACCUGAACUUCAUGCUGUGUAACUUUUCAGAUCGCCUUAAGCCUUACUAGAUGAAUCUUAAAUAAACUAACAUAUAUCUUGUGUAGAUGAAUAGAAUUAUAAAAAGACAUGGAAACCUAAAAGAGGUCACCUCUAUAAAUGUCAAAAAAUAAGGUGUUGUAAGAUUUGUAUGAAUAAAUUUUUAUAACCAAUAA